AUGGCAACGACCACUACUACUGCCACGACACCAACUGGCGGCAGCUCCAGUCACACGUUCGUGCCGUCGCCCAGCAGCGCCGCCGACGCGCGGACCAGUCCCAGCAACCGCAGCCACCGCAGCAGCAGCAGCACGAGCAGCAGCGCCGACGUCCGGGCCGCACCGGCCUCUCGCUUUGCCCAGCGCCGCCUGCGCGUGCUGACUGCGCCGCGCCACAGCAACAAAAUGCACCGCACGCGGACGCUGUCGGAGCUCAUUCUGCUGUCGCCGCGCAGCAGUCCGCGCGUCCCGCGGCGCCACAAGCGCCUGGAGAUGGACAUUGAAGUCUCGCGCUUCUUUGCCGCCAGCGAAGGGCUCGUGGACCUCGCGAGCAGCCACUGCAGUCCGUACAGCAGCACAAUGAGUACGUCUGGUACCGGUACGAGUACCGGUAGCCGUUCCGGUUCGUUCCACAGCCCGCGGAGCUUCUCGGACGCGAGUCAGCAGCAGCUCUGCCUGUCGACGUCGUCGUCGUCUCUUGACGGCCCCGCGAGCGUCGACGCGUCAUCGUCGUCGUCGUCGUUUGACGAGGAGAAGAUGGACGUGGAUCACGAGCCCGACGCCGAACCCGACGCCGAGCCGCCGCGUCACGGCCGCUCGGUGAACGACGUCGUCGACGUCCUGUUUGAGAUCCACUCGGCGCUCAAGAGCCGCCACGUGGGGCAGCGCACGGCCGCGUCGGCACUCGCAGCGAGCAAUUUAGUGAGCACGUUCGUCGGGUACCCGCCGGCAGUCGAGUGCGUGCCGCGCGACGUGCAGCUCGAGGCGCUCGAGAACACGCGGAAGAUGCUCGAGUGCGCCAUCUGCCAGGAGGUCUUUACGAACGCGACAGAGGCCACGUGCUGUGGGCAGAUCUUCUGCAAAGACUGCAUCGAGCGCUGGGUGAGCGAGCGCAGUUCGUGCCCCAUGUGUCGAGAAGCCAUUGGCUUUUCGCUCUUGGCGGCCUCGCGCCACGCCCAGCGCAUGGCCAACGAGAUGACUGUCAGCUGCGGCUACUGCGCCGAGAGCAUGAAGAAAGCGCGUCUGGCGGACCACGUGAAGGCCUGCGACCAGGCGCCCGUGGAGCCGCCGCCGCCGGCCGACGUUGCGCUGCGGCAGCUGCUGCUGUGCACAGCGCGACGCAAUACCGUGUGCCUCGCGCGGUUCCUCAUGGCGACGGUGCCGCCGCAGGCGCUCAUGAUGCAGUGCUACAUUCGCACGCGCGGCGGCGGGAACUAUGAGCUGUAUACACAGGACACGGACACGCUGCUGUGCACGGCAGUGCGUCGACGCCAGUACGACAUGUCGGUGAGCUUUCUCAUCUUUCUCGCUACGGAUGUGGACACGGCAGCAGACGGGACAAUGGCGACAGAAGCAGAGGCGCUUGGGCCGUCGAUCAACGCAGCGAUGCCCGUGGCUCGACUCGACAAGAACUACAUGGGCUCGCAGUACACCAUGUACGACACGACGGGGAACGUGCCGCUGGAGCUGGGCGCAGUGCAGUACGCUGCAACGUUUGGCAAGUCGCCGCGUCAGAUGCGCGUUGCACUGCCGCUUGUGGAGCCCAUUGCCGGUGCCGACAGUGCGGUGGAUGGCACGCCGUCGUGGGCAGUGCAGUCGUGGCGACCAGAGACGAAGGAGGACACGAUAUUGGCCCAAGUGGAGAACCCGGACGCAGCGCGUGCGUUGCAUCUGAUCAACAAGCCGCCAGUCUGGAUCGAGUCGCUCGAGGCGUACUGUUUGGACUUUGGUGGCCGCGUCGCUGCUGCGUCCGUGAAGAACUUUUUGCUGUCGCAUCCGCACGACAUGGACAAGACGCUCAUGCUGUUUGGCCGGACACAAGAUCGUCAGGUGUACUCGAUGGACUACGCGCACCCGUUCACUCCCGUGCAGGCGUUUGCGAUCGCGCUGAGCAGUAUGGACUCGCACCUCGUGACGUUUGAUUAG